CCUGUGAUAUAAAUACAAAAGCAAAUUAAUGAAAAUUUGAUUUCGGAUACUGACAUUCAGCAAGUGACCUUCAAACAUAUUGCAAUUAUCAAAAUGCCGAACACAUGGAAUAUGGUACAAUAUUUUCUAUUUAAUUAAUUAAGUUAAUCUUUCUGCUGACUGACAACACCAACCUUAUUUGUUACCUACCAACAGGUAAGAUCUGUAUAUUUACUGGUCCAUUGACAAAUCUAUCAAAUUUUGUCCAGAUAUGUCUGGAUAAGUCUGGAUAUGUCUGGAUAUGCGAUCAUAACUUAAUUUCUAUUCCCAACAGAAUUUCCCUUGUCAUCUACUUAUCUACAUUUUGUAACAACCGAGUGGCAAUAUACAACUGAAACAUCUAGGUAUGUGUCACUAAUACAACUUGCCAUGAAUAACACAUUAAUUUAACAGACUUUUAUUGCGUCAAUUAUCUCUUUUAGAUCCCCUGAGAUUAUACCCACUCAGACUUUGGCAAAGUGUGCUCGUUUGGACCAAACUGACUCAGAAGAAGAGUUACCUGCUGUUGCAGGAUUUACGGGCUGCAAGGCUAGGGAUCAGGUAAGAAGAUGAUAGAGGUAUACUGUGAAUUCAGUCUACCCAUAUACACACUAGCACAUUAUAUGCUGACUUUGUGCUAACUACUUCUCACGCUACUUUGUAGAUUGAGUCAAUUGGCCUCACAACUGAUCUUGACAGUGGCAGCAAAGAAGAGGAGUCGCAGAAGGUAAAAGGAGUAAAGAUUCUGUAUGUGGCUAUUUACUACUUUUGUUUGGCAGUCUGAUAUGCAAACUACGUCAGACAUUGGGUAUGCGGAGGAGUCAGAUAAAAAAGAUUUUUAUAGGAUGGAGGCUGAAAAGAAAGCUGACCUGAAAGAGUUCAGGAGAAUUCGAGAAGAACAAGAUAGGGAGUAUGCUGAAAGUCUGCGUAGUGACCAGGAAAAGGAAAUGAUCAAACAGCGUGAAGCCAUAGAGGAACUGCACAGUCACCGUAUACGGCAUGCACUCAAGGCUUUGGUUGAGCCAGAACCAGAUGAGUCAGUAUACAAUGGAGUUUGUGUCAAGUUGCUACUUCCGGACUCUACCACACAGAAACGGAUUUUCACUAGCAGUUGCACACUUCAGGACUUGCUGAUAUGGGUGUGUAGCCGGGACUCUUUGGCUAACCCUACAAAAGUAGUUCUUAAAGACAGAUCAAGUCGUCCUCCAUCUCUAGUAUGCUUAGAUGAUGUCACUGCAGAGAUCAUUGACGUUUUCAAGGGAAGGACUGACAUUAAUCUUAUAGUGAUUGACUCAGAUGUUAACAGUGUUUCAGUGCCCAUUGGUAUUGGUACAUCAUCCAGCAAGCAACAGGUAGACUUGAUUCCAGACCCUGUCUCUCUAGAGGGGUUACUGUCGACUCUUCAGAAGGGCCUUAAAAAUGAGUCACAACGCUUCUCAGUACGACGAGAGUCUGUUCUUACCGACUGUUUACAAGCAAUGUGCAGGAAAUCAUUUGAUCCUCUAAAGCCAAUCCUGGUUGAAUUUGUGGGUGAAGAAGGUUACGACACUGGUGGCUUGCUGAGGGAACUAUGGCGCCUAAGUUUAUGGUCACUUUUCAAAGGCAGUAAUUUCUUUCAUGGUCUUCCUGAUGCAAAAAUACCUCUUCACAAUCUCCAUGCUCUACAACUCACCAAAGCUCGUACUCAUGGAAAGCGGACUCUCCCGGAUAGAAGAAUCGAAGCAGCGCUAACACAACGGAGAAAAAAGGAAACAUCAUUGAGACUGGAAGAUGUCACAUAGAGUUCCAGAUGAUUUGAAGGGAAAUGGUCAAUAUUCUUCAUUGAAGUAUGACACACAAUGUAGGAGAAACAAUUAUACAAGUUUACAAGAGACAAUGAUGCAUAUGCUGAAAUAUUGCACAUAUUUCUGUCUGUUGGAACCUAGCUGGAAGGAUGAGAAGUUUGAACAUGAACUAACAGCAUCAGUUGUUCAUCCACUGAGAAAUGUUGGUCCUUAUGUUCUUGUUGAAGCAGCUAUGCAAGACGAUGUGAUUACAAACUGGCCAUGACCUGUAGUUAGCGCAAAAGCUAGAAUAUCUUGAGCUACUUUAUGUAAUUAGAUUACUUUGCAAGUGUGCAUCAAUACUUAAUUGUAAGGGGAGACAUGUAAAUUGUUGAAACUCUCAAUGAUAUCGAAGUAGAUCUGUAAUCAUAGAGACCAUGCUGCAUGUGAACUUAAUUGGUACAAAUAUAAGUAGAAUGG